AUGUCUACGGACCGACCGGAUACUGCUAUGCUGUUCACCCGCCCUGGUAGUGCAAGUCGUCCCGAUACUGCGGAUCGCCCUGGUAGCACUGAGAUACUACCACCGAGACGCGAGCUUCCUUUCCCACGCUUGUCUUCGCCGCGCUCCUCUGGCAGCGACAGCGUGCGGCCCUCUACUGGCACAAUGGGGCCUCCUCCUCUACCAGCACGCGUAGCCAGUAACCGACCUGGUUCCAGCCGAAGCGCAACCAGCAAGGAGAUCGAACUCCCACCUCUGCCCCAACCCACUGUCAUCAGCAAGACCGCACGUGGAAAGCAACCAAUGCAGCAGCCUCCUCGCACACCGAACCAAGAUCAGUACAGCCCUGUACGCGCAAAGACAUCUCCACAUGGCGGCAUCGAGAAUCAGUCACCGUUGACAUCGUCUCCAAUAUCCUCUCCGUUAUCUUUCAAUCGGUCAAGUUUCAGUGCCAUUCCGACACCGCAACCUCUUGGCGAACGAAGUAAUGCUACACAGAAUCUUCAUCACAACAUGUCGUAUAGUGGUCUCGACACCCCACCUACGUCUGUUGCUGGUCAUCGUGGUGUGAACAUGUCCAAUCCAGGUGCUACUAUGAGUGUCAAUGAACAUGACCAGCUGGCGACAUAUGCGAUGCAGUCUGACGAGGGCCGCAGAGCAGCGCUCAACGAGUUUGUCUAUCGCCACCUGGAAAGCGACGACUUCCUCACGCUCGUCCUAGACAUGGAGGCAACUUGGGCGAGAGUUACAAUGUAA